AUAUCAACGACACACCUGCCAUGGUUAAAGCACUGAACAAGGUUAUUCCAUAUGUGUGGUACAUGGCCUUCGCCACAUUUCCGGCUGGAAUACUUGAAGUUGGAUGCUGGAUGUAUUCAAGUGAAAGACAAGUGGCACGUCUAAGACUAGCAUAUCUAAGAGCAGUGCUCAGCCAGGAGGUUGGGGCUUUCGAUACAGACUUAACCAGUGGAAAAGUGAUCACCGGAAUUAGUAACCACACUAGUAUCAUACACAGUGCAAUCGGAGAGACGUUGGGGCAUUUUCUGUCAAGUUUCGCAACUUUCUUUUCGGGGAUUUUGAUUGCUGCAAUAUGCUGUUGGGAAGUUGCACUGCUUACCUUGUUCGUUGUUCCUUUGAUUCUUGUAAUCGGAGCCACUUAUACUAAGAAGAUGAACACUGUCUCGGCUGCUAGGAUGCUUUACCUGGCGGAAGCUACCUCUUUGGUAGAACAGACCAUAUGUCAAAUCAAAACAGUAUAUGCAUUCGUUGGAGAAAACUCGGCAAUCAAAUCUUUCUCAAACUGCAUGGCCAAACAGUAUUUGCUAAGCAAAGGGGAGGCUCUAGUAAAGGGAGUUGGAACAGGAAUGCUUCAAUCUGUGACCUUCAUUUCCUGGGCUAUCAUCAUUUGGGUUGGUGCUGUUGUAGUCACUGCCAAGAGGGCAAGCGGUGGAGAUAUUAUAGCCGCUGUCAUGAGCAUUCUCUUUGGAGCCAUAUCACUCACUUAUGCUGCGCCAGACAUGCAAGUCUUCAAUCAAGCAAAGGCUGCAGGAACUGAAGUUUUCAAGGUGAUCAAUAGAAAGCCAGCUAUAAGUUAUGAUUCACCAGGGAAGGAACUUGACAAGAUUUACGGCAACAUUGACAUACAUGAUGUUUACUUUUCCUACCCUUCCCGGCCUGACAGAGCCAUCCUUCAAGGCUUUUCAUUGUCAAUCCCAGCAGGAAAAACUGUAGCCUUUGUGGGCAGCAGUGGCUGUGGAAAGAGUACUAUCAUCUCACUAGUCGCAAGAUUCUAUGAUCCGCCAAAAGGGGAGAUUCUGAUUGACAACCACAACAUCAAGGAUCUUGACUUGAAAUUCCUGAGGAAAAACAUAGGAGCUGUUUCGCAGGAACCAUCACUGUUUGCAGGCACCAUUGCGGACAACAUGAAAGUCGGUAAGAUGGAUGCAGAAGAUGUAGAGAUCCAGAAAGCAUCAGUGAUGGCAAAUGCACACACUUUCAUAUCUCAACUUCCAGAUCAGUACUCCACAGAGGUAGGACAAAGGGGAGUCCAGUUAUCUGGAGGCCAGAAGCAGAGAAUCGCCAUAGCAAGAGCCAUUCUCAAGAAUCCUCCUAUUCUUCUGCUUGAUGAGGCAACAAGUGCUCUUGACUCAGAAUCUGAGAAGGUGGUUCAAGAAGCACUUGACAAGGCUAUGCAAGGAAGGACAGUCAUCUUGAUAGCACACAGACUAUCAACUAUUGUUAAUGCAGAUAUUAUUGCGGUUGUGGAAAAUGGACAAGUUUCAGAAACAGGAACUCACCGGAGCUUACUUGAAAGCAGCAAAUUCUACAACAACUUAUUUAACAUGCAGAACCUCAACCCAGUUCAUGAGUCGAGAGAAGAUGGUCCCUCUGAAGAACAUGAAAGCAUCCACCUAAAGAACUCACCUGAACAGAUAACACGAGCUAAGGAGCCCCACAGCGACCAGUAUCCUAAUCAGCCUCCCAAGCAAGACGAAGAGGAAAUAAGAAAACAAGCCAUAUUCUUCAGAAUCUGGUUUGGCUUGAAAACGAGAGAACUCGUAAAGAUUGCUAUUGGUUCUUUUGCAGCAGCUUUCUCUGGCAUAUCAAAACCUGUCUUUGGGUAUUACAUUAUAACAAUAGGAGUAGCAUACUACCACCCAGAUGCUAAAAGAAAAGUCUCAAAAUAUUCAAUCACCUUCGCUCUAAUUGGAUUCAUUUCAUUGUUCUCUCACACCUUGCAACAUUACUUCUUUGGAAUGGUUGGAGAGAAGGCCAUGACAAACCUGAGACGUGCUCUCUAUUCAGGUGUGCUACGCAAUGAAAUCGGAUGGUAUGAGAACCCUGAGAAUGGCAUUGGACAGCUCACCUCAAGGAUCAUCAAUGACACUUCAAUGGUUAAACUGGUAAUUGCUGACCGGAUGUCUGUCAUUGUUCAGUGCAUCUCCUCCAUACUGAUUGCAACCAUUGUGAGCAUGGUUGUCAACUGGAGAAUGGGGUUGGUAGCUUGGGCUGUGAUGCCUUGCCACUUCAUUGGCGGUCUCAUUCAAGCCAAGUCUGCCAAGGGUUUUGCAGGAGACUCAGCUGCUGCACAUAAUGAACUUGUUUCUCUUGCUUCUGAGUCUGCACAAAACAUAAGAACCGUUGCGUCGUUUUGCCAUGAAGAUCAUAUACUCAAAAAAGCCGAAAUAUCUCUGGAAACACCCAAGAGAAUGAGCAGGAAAGAAAGUAUCAAGUAUGGCAUAAUUCAGGGAGUUUCUCUUUGCUUAUGGAACAUUGCACAUGCUGUGGCAUUGUGGUACACAACAGUUUUGGUUCAUAAAAAUCAAUCGAGCUUCAAAGAUGGCAUAAGAUCAUACCAGAUUUUCUCUCUCACAGUACCUUCAAUCACAGAAUUGUGGACAUUGAUUCCCACUGUCAUUUCUGCCAUCAAUGUGCUCACUCCUGCAUUCGAGACCCUUGACCGCAAAACUGAAAUAGAUCCAUCUACACCAGAAACUUCAAAUCGGGACAGAAUCAAAGGGAACAUUGAAUUUCAAAACGUUGAGUUUAAUUACCCUUUGAGACCAGAAGUAACUAUCCUGAACAACUUCAGUGUACAAAUUGAAGCUGGUAAAAAGGUGGCUCUUGUCGGUCCAAGUGGAGCUGGAAAAUCUUCAGUUCUGGCCCUUCUGCUAAGAUUUUAUGAUCCCUUGAAAGGUAAGAUACUCAUUGAUGGAAAGGAGAUAAGGGAAUACAAUUUGAGAUGGCUGAGAACACAAAUAGGGUUGGUGCAACAAGAGCCUCUUCUUUUUAGCUCCUCAAUCAGACACAAUAUCUGCUACGGGAACGAAAGUGCUUCUGAAACUGAGAUUGUGGAGGUAUCAAAGGAAGCAAACAUUGAUGAGUUCAUAAGUAAUUUGCCUGAUGGAUAUGAAACAGUUGUUGGGGAGAAGGGAUGCCAACUUUCAGGAGGACAAAAGCAAAGAAUAGCCAUAGCUAGAACACUGCUAAAGAGGCCUGCAAUUUUGCUUCUGGAUGAAGCAACAAGUGCCCUUGAUGCUGAAUCUGAGAAAUCUGUGGUGAGUGCAUUGGAAGCGAUAAAUUUGAAAAAGAAUGGGGGCCUGCUGUCAAAAACCACACAGAUUACAGUUGCACAUAGGCUUUCCACAAUAAUAAAGUCGGAUAUCAUUGUUGUCAUGGACAAAGGUGAGAUUGUGGAGAUGGGAUCCCACUCAACCCUAAUAACAGCAUCUGAGGGAGUUUAUUCAAGAUUAUAUCAGAUACAGAGCAUGGGAGAAGAGUAACAUAUUGAAAUGCGCAAACACCAAGGGAACUUAGAAAAGCCUUAGGCCUAUAAUGUCCUUUGAAGCCUAAUGUAAUAGUAUAGUAGUAGUAGUUUGUCACUAAAAUAGAGGUGGCUUAAUGACAGAAUAAACUGUUGAGUAGAAGAACAUUUUCCUAUAUAUUGAUAAAUGAAUAAAGUUGUUCACAGUUACAAAGUCA